AUGUGGGAGAAAUGGUUCCCCAUCAUGCAGUCCAAAUCAGAGCAGGAUGCAACACUGGAGGGUUCCUCCAUGGGUUACCUGAGUCUGCCUUAUAGUCAGGAGCCUGAGGUGUUUCCACGGGUCGUGAAUGUAUCUGAUGUCAAGGAACCUGAUGAAGACCAUGCAGUUAUGUCUCGACGGAAACGGAACAUCCUUUUCCCAAGUGGAGUCAAACUCUGUGCACAAGAGACCGCCCAGCAAGUCCUUGCAAACCACCUGAGCUACUUUCAUCUCAGAGUGUGCCAGGAAACCAUAUGGGAGGCUUUCAAGAUCUUCUGGGACCGUCUCCCAGAGCAAGAAGAGUACCAAAGCUGGAUGAGCAAAUGCCAGGAGGGCACAGUCACGGCGCAAGAUAUUGGCAGCUUCUUUAGCCAAUCAGAGGAGCAUCAUGCCCUGGUUGAAAAGAGAAUGUCACUGCCAGUGAGCCCACCAAGUCCUGGCAACAUAUGUGCAGAAGAUAAAGCUGAAGGAGAAGAGGUGGAGGAAGAAGCCGCCAUUGUCCCAGAGGUGGAGGAAGAAGCCGCCAUUGUCCCAGAGGUGGAUGAGAGCCUUCUGGACAAUGACAUUGCCAUGGUGCCUCCCACCGCCGCUGUGAUGGAGCAGGUGGUGGAGCAGAGCAUCCUCCUGAUCGCAGAGACGUACAGCAACGACCUCGACGAUCCAGACAGCCUCCAGCACCAAACGCUCAGCAGACAGCUCGCUCAAAAGAUAGAGAACGCUCUGGCGGGGCUUCCUGGAUUUAAGAGUGUGUCUGUGCUGGACUUCAGGCCUCAGACGGACACCGAAGGGCUGGAUGGCGUGGUGGUGGACUACGCCGUCACAGUGGAGGUGAAUGGAGCAGGAGUGAGCAAUGAGCAACUGAACUACCUGACCUUGCAGUCAAACCGGGUGGAGAACUCGUACCGUGAGGUCGUGGAGCUCCCUACGGUGGUCUACACCAUCAGCGAGGUCAAAGACUUCAUCACUGAAGCCCUGCACAACGACCAGCUGGAGAGCGUGUCAGAGGUCCCUGAGUCUGUCAACGGUGCAGACAGAGCCAUGAUCGAUGCCGUCGAUGAGCCACAAGAGGUCAUGAUCCUAGAAGAGGACACAGAGGUUGUCAACGAAGACUACGACCUGCCUGAGCCCUCCGAAACCAACACGGUGGCCAACGCAGAAAAUGAUGUCAUCGUUCUGGAGGAGAGUGCAGCUGAGACUCCUGCUCCUGUCCUGACCACUAGUGGACCUGAAGCUAGCAGCAUUGAGGAGGAAGGUCUAUUGCUGGGGGACAUUGUGCAGACUCCUGCAGUAGAAACCCCCCCACCAGAGGAGCUCCCAGCUGAGCUUCCCUCCCCUGAGCCAGAGGGCAUCACACUGCCUGAACCGCCAGUGGAGGUCGAGGCCUCUGGUUCGGGUACACACGACCUGGAGGACGAGCUCCAUCCAUCUCCACCCACAGAGGAUGUAGAAGAAGAAGCGUCUCAUGAGGAGACUGGCUCAGAAGCGAGUGAAGUAUCAGAGCCGGAGGCAGCAGAAACAGGUCUGCUUCCUGUUGCUGAAGACUCGGUUGAGGGCACAGAAGAAGAGUCCAACCUCACAGAUGUUCCACCUGCACAUGAGGAAGUUAACCCCGAAGAACCUGUGGAAAACGCAGACAUUGAUGUGAUGUUGACCUAUUCUGAGGAACCUGUGUUUGACGAGGGUGGCAUUGAGGAAGCAACAGAGAGCGAGGGACAGGAGGUGAAGGAAGAGACUACACCUGAAGCUCCACCUGUAGAGGAAGAGGGCCCAGCAGCUCCAGAGAUCUCGAUAGAGGAUCUUACAGAGGAUGAGAUCAUACUGGUCAACAAAGAUGAACCGCCAGUGACAGAUCCUCUGAGCACUGUCCCACCAACUUCCCUCUCUCCAGAGAAGGAGUCGCCUUUCACCCGUAUCUCUGAUGUUGACCCUGUUUCUGAGGGGCAACCUGACAUCAUCAUCAUCCCUUCACUGGUGGAGAUCCAGACCACUAACGAAGGCUCGGAUGAUGCCACCACUGGAGACCAGGACUAUGAUGUGAUCCAUUAUGGUUAUGACUCGAUCAACCACACAGAGGAGGGCAGCACUGGCUUUCCGUUUGGUGGGGCACACGGCACAGACCAAGUCAGCAUCGCCAUGCCUGUUAACCCCGGACGAGCACUGAUGGUGUUCUUCAGCCUGAGGGUGACCAACAUGAUCUUCUCAGACGAUCUCUUUAACAAGAGCUCUCCAGAAUACAAAGCUUUGGAGCAACGCUUCAUAGAGCUGCUUGUGCCCUACUUGCAGUCCAACCUGAGUAACUUUGAGAACCUGGAGAUCCUGAACUUCAGGAACGGGAGCAUCGUGGUCAACAGCCGGAUGAAAUUUGGCAAACCUGUGCCACAAAGCGUCACCACCACCGUCUAUCUGAUCCUGGAGGACUUCUGUAACACAGCCUACCAGACCAUGAACCUGGCCAUCGAUAAGUACUCACUGGACGUCGAGUCAGGUGACCAUGCCGACCCCUGUAAGUUCCAGGCGUGUAACGAGUACGCAGAGUGUAAGGUGAACAAGUGGUCCGGGGAGGGGGAGUGUGUCUGCAACGCUGGCUACUUCAGCGUGGACGGCCUGCCCUGUCAGAGCAUCUGUGAUCUGCGAACUGACUUUUGCCUCAAUGACGGCAAGUGUGACAUCAUCCCCGGCAAGGGAGCCAUCUGCAGGUGUCGCGUCGGGGAGAACUGGUGGUACAGAGGAGAGCACUGUGAGGAGUACGUAUCUGAGCCACUGGUGGUCGGCAUAGCGAUCGCCUCCGUAGCCGGAUUCCUAUUGGUGGCUUCCGGAGUCAUCUUCUUCCUCGCCAGGACGUUACGGGAUCAGUAUGACAAGGACGAGUCAGAGGACCCCAUACGGCGAGCAGAGAGUCUCCCGUCUCUGGAGAGGGCGACCAAGUACAACCCAAUGUAUGAGAGUGAGGCCACCACAGGCUACAGCCACUACUACCGCCGCUACCCUGAAGCUCCUGUGUACAGCAGUGCCAGCGCUGAGGCCUCUACCGACUUCAGCAGUGAGGAGAUACGACACAUCUAUGAGAACAGUGAACUGACCAAGGAGGAAAUCCAAGACAGGAUACGCAUUAUUGAGCUCUACGCGAAGGACCGACAGUUUGCCGACUUUGUACGGCAUCAUCAAGCUGCCGCGGAUACUCGCAGAGAGAGCUCCUCGACACACACAUGAAACACUCCUGAGAACAAACAAGGUAUUUUUUCUUCAUUUGAAGAAGCAGGUUCUUAGUUUCAAUUACGAGUCCUCUCUUUGUCAAAAAUACCAACUACAGUAGGUUGGAAUGAAAUACUUAAUGUGGGGGUAUGUAUACAAAAUUAGCAUUAUGUGACCCUGCUGCACAGAAACAUGCCUCUAAGUUAGAAAGGUGAAGCUCCCUGUCAAGACUCUCCACUUUCUUCCUCAUGGCACUCCGAAUCUGGACUGGUUAAGACAGACUGUCAUUCAGCACCCUGCUCUUUAUUUUCUCGACCAACGACCCCUCUCUGUGUCUGCGUAUGGCCCCUGAACUGUUCUUCCUCCUUCCUUUGUGCCUUCUCUUGACAAAGUGUUGCUCACCUACUGGACGUCUCCCUUUGGGGAAAACUGGACUGCAUCCUAUUACUUGAAAUGUUCAUCACAAUACUGUCUACAGUAGUACUUUUGUUUAGUGGAAUACUCGGUUUUGUUUCAUCAUCAUCAUGUCAUGUCUGUCCAUUCUUAAAGGGAAGAACUUAAAACUGUGAAUAUGUAUAUAUAGUGUUACUGUUGGGAUGUUUGCUAGUUAAGAUAUUAUCCUCUACUUAGCUCAAAUUUACUCUUUAGGUUUUCUCACAGAGGCGCCGAGAAAGCUGUUAUUUUUUUAGCCAAUGGUGCUAUGUUGAUUUAAAAUGUAGUGGUCUAUGAUGACUCAUUUUUACAGUUUAUAAGCAACACCAAUGGAUCAACUCUGUAUAUACUACUGUACAUUAAAGAAAUAGUUGUAUUCGCGUUCUGGCAGAGACUUAGAUUUUGUUACACUCGGACAGAGCCAGGCUAGCUGUUUCCCCCCGUUUCCAGUGUUUGUGCUAAGCUAAGCUAAACAGCUGCUUGCUGUAGCCCAACAUCUACUGAAAUGUACAGAAUCAGUCUUUGCAUCUAAAUCUCUGCCAGGAAGCAAAUAAGUGUAUUUCCCAAAAAUGUCGAACUAUUCCUUUAAGGUGGCCAAAUGUAGUGCUAGUGUAGCCUUUGUAUUAUUACUGUUCAUCAAUUUAAAAGCAGCCUUUCACAAUCUGAUCGUCAUUCCAGCAAUUUUUCUCCCGGCAGGUGAUUUUUCUGCCGUUUUAACGGCUCCAUCCAUCAGAAGCUUCGGUGUAUGUUUGUAAAUGUAUGGCGUGGUAGACAUGAGAAAGUAAAAACAGUGCUGAUGGGGGAAAGGCAGAGAGCAUGAACCCUCUAUAGCUCUGGGAUUCAGAAAUAAGUGAAAACACGUUUCAGUGGAAAAAGGCUCUGGGGCAAGCGGCCCAGGGAUUUGAUCAAAUGGUCUGCUUUCAGAUGUCAUAUGUAAUGCAACUGAAAGAACAGGGGAAGCAAGCUGAUAAACAACAUGCUCUCUUCGGAAAGACAACCUCAAGCUGCGUCGCCUGCUGAAAAAACCUCAAGGUUACCAGCAGUUCUUUAAAAAAUGAUCUGCCCUGUGACUACUUGUUUGGCCGUGAUCCUGCUCCUCAAUCUGAAACCUUCUGACAGGCUAAUUCCAGUGUUUUCUUUGGUAUUCUCAUAUGUUCCUCCCUGGACUUGUUCUGCUUUAUCCCUCUUGUCCCUUGAAUGGACCCUCACAGCUGCAGCUGAUUAUCUGUAGGAUUUCGUUAGUUGUCGGCCUGUGUGACCGUCAGCAUCACACACGUACUGUAGAUCAUGUCCUAGCUUCUUGUUUACAAUACGUGCUUCUUUCGCUCUCUUUCGGUCUACACAAGAGACGAACACCGGUGAAGCAGACUCUUGUGACAGUGUCAUGCCUUUUGCAGUCUGCAUAUUUAGUUGUAUUUUUAUAUGCAUGCAUUUUUUAAAUGUCUGCAUACAGUUUUUGUCAACAUCCUCCAUCUGCCACCUGGACAAACGGCCAAUCAUCCCAAACAGUGUUCUGUCAUGUAAAUAACAUUGAAGAUAUUAUUAACAGCUGUAGGAUGUAAAUCAUGUGUGUCUCAAAUCUUUCGUCAUACUGUAUGAACAUAUUCUUUUUAUACUGAUCACUGUUUCACCAUUUUAACAGUGUUAUCAUACCGUGCUGCUGUGUUAAUUACUAAUAACAAAUGUACA